AGUGAAUGAGGAGCGGAGCUCACCCUUCCUUCUCCAUAUCACACACACUCACUCAUCCUUCCAUCCUUCCUUCCUUCCUCCCUCCGCAUGGAUCCGUCCUCCAGUAGUUGUAUGAGGAGCGCUCCGUCCUGGGGAUGUAUGAGAGGUCCUCAGGGGGAGCUCAGCUCUCCUCUUCUCCCCUAUCAUCAUCAGCAACUCUCCUUCUUCCCGCAGAAGCCGGACUACACUUCCUCCUACCCGGACUUCUCCGCUCCCUGCCUGGCCACCGCUCCACAUACCUACCCAGAGCACACCUACCUCCCCACCGACUGGUCCUCCGAGGUCAGGAGGAGACUCAACCCCGAGAUGGCCCUGGGCUCCGGGGACCUGGACAGCAGCAGCCCCAACCUCAUCGAUGGAUCGGGCUGUAUCGAUGAGGAGGAGGACUAUGGGGGUCCCAAGAAGGGGGCCAAGAGGAAAAAGGAGAGCCAAGAAAAUGGAGAUGCCACAAACAAGCCAGAAACAAACAGCAAAGCCAGAAAAGAAAGAACAGCUUUUACCAAAGAGCAACUCCGAGAGCUAGAGGCAGAAUUUGCUCAUCACAAUUACCUUACCCGACUAAGGCGAUAUGAGAUAGCUGUAAACCUUGACCUCACUGAAAGACAGGUUAAAGUUUGGUUUCAAAACCGAAGAAUGAAAUGGAAGCGUGUCAAAGGUGGACAGCCGGUAUCGCCAAAUGAACAAGAUGCAGAUGAUUUGGACUCUACAGCAUCUCCCAGUUCCGAAUAACUUCAUUUUUACUGUGGUUGACAAACUUUCUUGUCUAUUUUUCUAUGAAGACAAUAUUUUUUUUUGUCCUUUAGUUCUCAUUGAGAAAUAUUUUUGUCUACAGAUAAUUCUUCUACAAAAUCCUCCGCAUUUUUUAGAGAGAAACUUGAGGAAAGAAACAGCCACAUUCCGUUUAAGGCAUUGACAAUCAUUUCAGUAUGUUGAUAUAAAAUGCUAAUUAAGCUACCAUGAACAUUUUGUCUAGGGAUUCGUUACCACCACAAUUUAGCAUUUACACCAGCUUGAGAUGGAUCAUUUUGUGUCUUGGACUCCUUUAAACUAAGUUUGAGGUUGGAUCAUGGAAUAUCAGUGAUACAAAAGAAAUUAAUCAGCAAUCUAAGCCUUGUCAAGAUAAAACUUUUUUUUUAUAAAAGCAUAUUCAUCUCAUAUUUUUAUUGACUGUGUACAUGAUACAAACCUACAA